UCAAUCCUCCUCACAGCGAGUUUGCUGCGGAUUCUGAAUUAAUAAUAAAGCAAACCAGUAACUGAUUGCCUCUAGAAUCCGUAACAUCAUGGGCACCGGCACUGUCAUUGAAAACUUCUACGGUGUAUAUUUACUGUACUGUGAAAAUCCCAAAUACGUUGGAAGAACAUACAUUGGGUAUACCGUAAAUCCCAACCGAAGAAUACAGCAACACAAUAAAGGAGUGAGCUCAGGUGGCGCAUACAGAACAUCCAAUAAAGGCCCAUGGGAAAUGUGUUUGAUUAUUCAUGGCUUUCCAAAUGACAUCUCUGGACUUCGAUUUGAAUGGGCUUGGCAGCAUCCAGAGAAGUCCCGUAGACUGAGGAAAUUGGUGGAAAGAAAAAAGUCCAAAGAGAGUGGUUUUCAGUUUAAAAUGAGAGUUUUGUCCCAUAUGUUGCGCGUGGGUCCAUGGAACCGACUUGCUUUGACUAUUCAGUGGCUCGUGCCAAAAUAUCGCGUCGAGUUUGAAGUCAGCUUGCAGCCUCCACCUCAUAUGCCUAUUGAAGAAGGCCGUGUGAUUUCAAAGAAAGUGUCAUCACCGUCAAAGGAAAAAACCUCAUUGUGUUCUUCAACAUCCUUCCCUAGGUGCGAUUUAUGCCACCAAACGAUAGAGAAUGGUGAGGUUUUGAGCUGUCUCAACACAGAUUGCAAACUGAAAGCCCACAUCUUGUGUUUGUCUUCCCGUUUUUUGAUUACUGAACCUGAUCACAUCCUACCGUUAGAAGGAUCUUGCCCAAGUUGUUUAAGUGAGCUGCUAUGGGCUGAUUUGAUUCGAAAACUGAAGGGCUGCUACCAAAGCGAAAAUCUUUCUCUUGAUGAUACAAUUCUAACCUGAGCCUAGGGUUUCAAUUCGUAAAGUUUUAAACAAUCAUUUUGAUUUGAUGCGUU